AUGUUUCAGGUUGCAGACGGAGGACAUGCGGAGGACGCGUCUCUGCAGCCGCUGCAGCAGAAGCUGCUGGAGGAGAUCCUGCGUUACAUCAACAGCGUCGCUCGCUGCGUGGAGAAGAACGCAGAUAAACCCACCGGCAAGUUCUGGAGGGUUCUUUUGAACAAGGCCUACGACCUGCUGGAUAAAGUGAACUCCCUGUUGCCCACGGAUACGUUCAUCACGGUGAUGAAGGGGCUGAUGGGUAAUCGCCUACCAUCCGUCAGGAGAAAGGCAAUGGAGCUGCUGAACAACAAACUGCAGCACCGCACGCAGUGGGACGAACAGCAGGUCACUAUGCUGCUGCAGCUGAUCGACGACCUGCUGUGCAUUGUGGGUAAGCAGCAGGAACAGCCUGAGCAGGAGACGGCCAUCAACCGGCAGACGGCGCUGUACAGCCUGAAGCUGCUGUGCCGCAGUUUGGGCUCCGGCCACCAGGGGGCGUUCUCCCCAGUUCUGCAGAGGGCGGUGCAGCUGGUGGAGGAACCAGCAGGGGAGAAGAACGUUACAGGCAGCGCCAUGCUGCUCAUCGCCGAGGCCGUCAGCACGCUGAAGGCCCUCGCCAUCCCUCAGCUGCCACGGUAA